UGUUCAAUUGUGCAUGUGUGUGUGUGGUAUGUACUGCAGGUGAACAACAACAGUUUCUAGUUAAAAACAAUACGAAAAGUUUUAUAAAUAUCAAGUUUCGACUUUCCCGACUUUUUAAAGCAUUCUUGCAUAGGCAACUCGGGCACGUAUAGGCUAAAAAAGAGGCUUAGCCACCACAUUAGCAACAAACAACAAAGGAACAACACAACGACGCAAAAACAAAUAACAUGUCUGAAACAUACGAUUACCUGUUCAAAUUUCUAAUAAUAGGUAGUGCGGGCAGCGGCAAAAGCUGUCUCUUGCAUCAUUUCAUCGAAAGCAAAUUUAAAGACGACAGCUCGCACACGAUUGGCGUCGAGUUCGGCUCGAGAAUUGUGAAUGUUGGCGGCAAAUCGGUGAAGCUACAAAUAUGGGACACAGCUGGCCAGGAGCGUUUUCGUUCGGUGACACGCUCCUAUUAUCGUGGUGCGGCUGGUGCUCUACUGGUAUAUGAUACCACAACGCGGGAUUCGUUUAAUGCUUUAACAAAUUGGCUAAAUGAUGCACGCACGCUGGCCAGUCCAAAUAUAGUUAUAUUGCUGGUAGGCAACAAAAAGGAUCUGGAGGAGGCGCGUGAUGUUACAUUCUUGGAGGCUAGCACCUUUGCCCAGGAAAAUGAGCUUAUAUUCUUGGAGACGAGCGCCAAAACGGGCGAGAACGUCGAGGAAGCUUUCCUCAAGUGCUCGAAGACCAUACUGGCCAAGAUAGAGACAGGCGAGCUGGAUCCUGAGCGCAUUGGCAGCGGCAUACAGUACGGUGGGACAGCGCUGCGCAAUCUACAGACGCGACAGCGCAGCAUCAGCAAGCCCGAUUGCACCUGUCGAGUGUAGAUGUUUUGGGAGUACUUCACCCAGGUCGCUUAGCAUGCACGCGAACAAUAUCUGUGUAUUAGUUUAGGCGAGCAAAAAUAAUCUCAUUUAAUUUCUAACUACUUGAUACGAAACCGCAUUAGCCUUAGUUAUAUGUACGCGUGUUUGUGUGCGUGUGUCUUUCAUCAGCACUUGUGCGGUCAAAUACUGUUUUGGCCCACUGUGCAAUGUUUCUUCCCAAUUUUGUUAAAAUUGUUAAACCCAAUCUGCUGUGCAAUUUGUGGCAUUCCAAGUUAGUUCGCUUAAUUUGUUUUUUGAUUUAAUUGACUCUACUUCAAUUGCUGAAUUAAUUGUACAAGUUUUUCUUUUAAAACGUUACUUAUAUAUUGUAAAUUGUAAGCUUUUCAAUUAUUGUAAACCAGUGGCGGGCCCAAGCGAUUAUAAAAGCGAUUAACAACUGGAACCGGCCAGUUGGUGUCUGAAUCACCAGCGGACGGAUUGAUAAUUAACAUAAAUGCGCCCAGCAUUUUGUAAAUAAGCGGCGUCAAGUUUGUUUGACAAAGCAAAUUGUAAAGAAUUUUAAAAUGAAUAAUAAUGCACGCGGUAAAUAAAAGCGCAAACUAAAUAAUUAAAA